CAACCAUGGCACUCACAGGAAGGGCUGCGGUCAUCACAGGAGGCUCAUCUGGAAUUGGAUUGGCCAUCGCAAACAUGUUGAAGAGGGAGGGUGCCAAAGUAAUCAUCGGCGAUGUUCAGAAGCCUCCAAGCACCGAUGAUUCGAUCAUGUACUGCCCCUGUGACGUCACCAAGUUCAAAGAUCUAGAGAACUUGCUUCACCAGUCUUGCAAACCAUAUGGACAUGUGUCGAUAUGGGUCAACAAUGCGGGAAUCCAGAGUGAGACGAGACAUCGUCCUUUCAGCAACAAGGCGAUGAUGGAUACCGUGCGCGAGAAUGUGCAGAAGAUCCUAUCGAUCAACCUUCAAGCGGUAAUCGAAGGGUCAAAGCUUGCUAUCCGCCACAUGAAGGAUCAUGGACAUGGGGGUUCUGUGAUCAACAUGUCUUCACUUUCGGCAUUUAUUCCUCUCUCAAACGCUCCGGUUUACUCUGCAACGAAGGCGGGAGUGAAUCAAUUCACAAGAGCCGCUGGCUUGCAUCUCGGCCCUGAGAAUCCUAUCAAAGUGCAUGCCAUCUGUCCAGGAUUCGUCGACACUCCUCUCAUCUCAGACAUGCGGCAAAUGAUUGAGCAUGAGGUAGGAGAGAAGCUCAUCAGCGCGGACGAGAUCGCGAGCGCGGCGUUGGAGUUGAUCAGCCCCAAAGAUCCCAACAUGCAAAACGGCUCCAUCAUGAAGGUGUACAUGAAGGACGGCAAACUCAUCAAGGAGGUCUUCGACUUUCCCGGGGCUUUCAGGGGGAAGAAAGUUCUGUUCAAGGACUUGUGAGAGGUUCUCUAUCUCCGGCUCCUUUUUGCCUGAUGAAUCUUAACGCUGUUG